CCUCCGCCCCCUUCCCCGUCGCCCGCCCGCAGCCCGCUCGUCUGUUCGCUCGCGCGGGUCUCUCCGCCCGCGCCCGGGGCUCUCGUCAGGCGCUCGCCCGCGCCGUGGAUGUGGCUGGCCGUCACCCCCGCCGUCGCCCUCGCUCGCCGCCUGCGCGCCCUCGGCCCUCCGCCGACGCCUCCCCGCCGCCCGCUCCUCCUCAGCCUCUCCUCGCACGGCCGCCGCCUCCACAGCUCGGGCCGCGCCGCGAUGCCGGAGAAGAGGCCCUUCGAGCGGCUGCCCGCCGACGUGUCCCCCGUCAACUACAGCCUCUGCCUCAAGCCUGACCUGCUGGACUUCACCUUCGAGGGCAAGCUGGAGGCCGCCGCCCAGGUGAGGCAGGCGACCAAUCAAAUUGUGAUGAAUUGUGCUGAUAUUGACAUUAUUACAGCUUCAUAUGCACCAGAAGGAGAUGAAGAAAUACAUGCCACGGGAUUUAACUAUCAGAAUGAAGAUGAAAAAGUCACCUUGUCUUUUCCUAGCACUCUCCAAACAGGUACAGGAACCUUAAAGAUAGAUUUUGUUGGCGAGCUGAAUGACAAAAUGAAAGGUUUCUAUAGGAGUAAAUACUCCACCCCUUCUGGAGAGGUGCGCUACGCUGCAGUGACGCAGUUUGAGGCUACUGAUGCCCGGAGGGCUUUUCCUUGCUGGGAUGAACCGGCCAUCAAAGCAACAUUUGAUAUCUCAUUGGUUGUUCCUAAAGACAGAGUAGCUUUAUCGAACAUGAAUGUAAUUGACCGGAAACCAUACCCAGAUGAUGAAAAUUUAGUGGAAGUGAAGUUCGCCCGCACGCCUGUUAUGUCUACAUAUUUGGUGGCAUUUGUUGUGGGUGAAUAUGACUUUGUAGAAACAAGGUCAAAAGAUGGUGUGUGUGUCCGUGUGUACACCCCAGUUGGCAAAGCAGAGCAAGGAAAAUUUGCGUUAGAGGUUGCUGCUAAAACCUUGCCUUUUUAUAAGGAUUACUUCAAUGUUCCUUAUCCUCUACCUAAAAUUGAUCUCAUUGCCAUUGCAGACUUUGCAGCUGGUGCCAUGGAGAACUGGGGCCUUGUUACGUACAGGGAGACUGCAUUGCUUAUUGAUCCAAAAAAUUCCUGUUCUUCAUCACGCCAGUGGGUUGCUCUGGUUGUGGGACAUGAACUCGCCCAUCAAUGGUUUGGAAAUCUUGUUACUAUGGAAUGGUGGACUCAUCUUUGGUUAAAUGAAGGCUUUGCCUCCUGGAUUGAGUAUCUGUGUGUAGACCACUGCUUUCCAGAGUACGAUAUCUGGACUCAGUUUGUUUCUGCCGAUUACACCCGUGCCCAGGAGCUGGACGCCCUAGAUAACAGCCAUCCUAUUGAAGUCAGUGUGGGCCAUCCAUCUGAGGUUGAUGAGAUAUUUGAUGCUAUAUCAUACAGCAAAGGGGCAUCUGUCAUCCGAAUGCUACAUGACUACAUCGGGGAUAAGGACUUUAAGAAAGGAAUGAACAUGUAUCUAACCAAGUUCCAGCAGAAGAAUGCUGCCACAGAGGAUCUUUGGGAAAGUUUAGAAAAUGCUAGUGGUAAACCUAUAGCAGCUGUGAUGAGUACCUGGACCAAACAGAUGGGAUUCCCUCUCAUCUACGUGGAAGCAGAGCAGGUAGAAGAUGACAGAUUACUGCGGUUGUCCCAAAAGAAGUUCUGUGCCAGUGGACCAUAUGUUGGAGAAGACUGUCCUCAGUGGAUGGUUCCUAUCACAAUCUCUACCAGCGAAGAUCCCAACCAAGCCAAACUAAAAAUCCUGAUGGAUAAGCCAGAGAUGAAUAUGGUUUUGAAAAACGUCAAACCAGACCAGUGGGUUAAGUUAAACCUCGGAACAGUUGGGUUCUACCGGACCCAGUACAGCUCUGCCAUGCUGGAAAGCUUGUUACCAGGCAUUCGGGACCUUUCUCUGCCCCCCGUGGACCGACUGGGAUUACAGAAUGACCUCUUCUCCUUGGCUCGAGCUGGAAUCAUUAGCACUGUAGAGGUUCUAAAAGUCAUGGAGGCUUUUGUGAAUGAGCCCAAUUAUACUGUAUGGAGCGACCUGAGCUGUAACCUGGGGAUUCUCUCAACUCUCUUGUCCCACACAGACUUCUAUGAGGAAAUCCAGGAGUUUGUGAAAGAUGUCUUUUCACCUAUAGGGGAGAGACUAGGCUGGGACCCCAAGCCUGGAGAAGGUCAUCUAGAUGCACUCCUAAGGGGCUUGGUUCUGGGAAAACUAGGAAAAGCAGGACAUAAGGCGACAUUAGAAGAAGCCCGUCGGCGGUUUAAGGACCAUGUGGAAGGGAAACAAGUUCUCUCCGCUGAUCUGAGGAGUCCUGUUUACCUGACUGUUUUGAAGCAUGGUGAUGCAACUACCUUAGACGUUAUGCUGAAGCUUCACAAACAAGCAGAUAUGCAAGAAGAGAAAAACCGAAUUGAAAGAGUUCUUGGGGCUACUCUUAUGCCUGAACUGAUCCAAAAAGUCCUCACGUUUGCACUUUCAGAAGAGGUACGUCCACAGGACACUGUGUCGGUAAUUGGUGGAGUCGCUGGAGGCAGCAAGCACGGGAGGAAAGCUGCUUGGAAAUUCAUAAAGGACAAUUGGGAAGAACUUUAUAAUCGAUACCAAGGAGGAUUCUUAAUAUCCAGACUAAUAAAGCUGUCAGUUGAAGGAUUUGCAGUGGAUAAAAUGGCUGGCGAGGUUAAGGCUUUCUUCGAGAGUCACCCAGCCCCUUCCGCGGAGCGCACCAUCCAGCAGUGUUGUGAAAAUAUCCUGCUUAACGCCGCAUGGCUGAAGCGGGACGCCGAGAGCAUCCACCAGUACCUGCUGCAGCGGAGGGCCUUGCCGCCCGCGCCCGCAGUGUGACUGCCGCCCAGGGUGAAGCCAGCGGCCGCCACAACACCGGGUCCCGCUCCUCACUGCAUGGGGACGGGCUGAAGGAGCCGCCUGCGAACAGAUUCACAUGCCAAGAACUCGAGUCUUCUUUCAAACAGACACAGUGGGGGUUGGACGAUGAAUGUAGUUAACUGGUUCCUGCUCACACUCCAGAAUCAAAUUCUAUUGAGAAAGGCAAAUCAGCAAUUCAGCAAAAAAAAAAAAAAUUAAAAUGUAAAUAUGAUAGUAAUAAAAUAGAGCAUAAUGAAACUGUGAAACUUCCUGAAGCCUUGUCAGUGGUAAAAAGUAUUUAACACUCUCCUUUUAACAACGGAUGUCCUGUUUUUCUAAUCUGCCGAGAGGAAUCCAGGAGGCUUCUGGGAGGAGAGUUUUGUGAAGUGGGCUCCAGAAGCACCUCAGCUGGAGUGGCGAUCGCUGGGAUGGCACAGAGGCAGGGGUGGGUGGCAUAGUAGAGUCUGUGCAUAUUCCAAGUGGUUUGUUUUUUCCUUGGCAUGGGGACUGACCAGGAAGAUACCUUUUCCUGCAUAAUCCAAUCUGAACCAAGGAUUGUAGUUUUCCUCCUUGCCUCCCUUCUGUGUGAUCCCUUGGCCAAAAAAGAAAAAUGUCUAAAACAAUAAAAAACCCUUCCCUGUUCUGCGUUUUUCCUCCCUUUAGUUCUUCCCCGACCCCGGUGUCCUUCUUAGAGAUGGAGAAAUAAUGAGGAAACAUCUUUCAUAGCCACAUUAAAUAAGAGAAACUGAUAUACAUUUUUUUCUCUUUCUUUUUAAAGAUGACAUUAAGAACCCUGAAAUGCGUGUAGGUGAGACAAUAGAAAUUAAAGCAUUUUAGCCAGGCCUUUUUAAGGAGUUACUCUGCUCAGUGGUCUUCGCUGUGUGGCCGGCCAACCCCUCUUAACAGUAUCAGCUGACCUGGCUUCUUGGAGCCAGCGUCACAGCUGCAGCCUACACAGGAGAGGCGCCCGGCCCAAGACAAGAUGCAAGCCGUGUGUGCCCCUCCGCUCAGCAGCGCCCUACUAACGAGCCUCUCCUGUCUAAGCCAGUGAGUUUUAACUGAGUCUCAUGCCCUUCUUUUAUUUUUUUUUCUUAUUUUUCUUUAAAAAUUUUUUGUUAUUAAUAGAAAUUCAUAUUUGGUGUGGCUUAACUGUAUUUCAGAAGGUCAUCAGAUUGUGAGACUGCUUCCUUGAAACAUUUUUGUGCUAUUGUUUUAAAAAUAAUUAAAAAACAGUUGGCGUUAAUAAAAAUGUCAAUGUGAAAUUA